AUGUCCAACCCCCCAACCCUCAUCUUCAUCCCCGGCUCCUGGCACAAGCCCCUCUGCUACGACCCCCUCAUCCAGAUCCUCCAGGACCAGCACGGCCUGAAAUGCACCGCCGUCGCCCUCCCGUCCAACUCGGAAAACCCCGCCGCGACAUUCAAAGAUGAUCUGGACGUUGCGCGCGAUGCCAUCUCAAGCGAGACGAGGCUCGGUCGCAACGUGGUUGUCAUCGCACACUCGUACGGCGGGAUGGUGGGGAAUAGUGCGAUUAAGGGGUUUGCGAGGAGGGAUGACCAGUCCGAGCAUCAGCGAGACGAUGGUGACAGCGUUGGCACUGCUACUGCCACUGGCACAGACACAAACAUCCACCCGCACCAGCCCUCACCCAGGAAGAGGGACACAGGGUCCGUAAUCGGGCUCAUCCUCAUCGCCUCCGGCUUCACCUUCACCGGGCUCACAUUCAUGGACCCGUUCCUCGACCACCCGCCUCCCGCAUGGCGAGCGAACAGAUCCACCGGCUUCGCGGAGCUGAUCACGCCCCCGCGCGAGCUCUUCUACCACGAUCUCUCCCCGACCGAGGCCGCGUACUGGACGGCGCAGCUUACGCCGCAGAGCCUGAAGGCGCUGUUCGAGGGCCGGGAGCACACGUAUGCGGGCUGGCAGGACGUGCCGGUCUGGUAUGUCGGCACGACGGAGGAUAGGGGGUUACCUGUGUUGGCGCAGCGGGUGGGGGUGGGGAUGGCGAGGGGGAUGGGUGCGAGGGUAGAGCAUCGGGAGGUGAGGACGAGUCAUUCGCCGUUUUUGAGCCAGCCGAUGGAGACUGGGGGGAUUGUGGUGGAAGCGGUGCGGGCGUUUGUGGAGGAGGAUGAGGAGGGAGGAGGUGGGGUGAAGGGGAGGGAGAGGGAGAGGGAGUGUAGGGAUGUGGUGACGGUUCCGAAGGCGGUGCUUUGGAGGCCGUUUACAUGGUUGAGGUUUGGGUUGCCGUUGGUGUUGGGGCAUGUUGUGGGAAGGGGAAUUCUUGUGUUUAGCUGGGGGAGGAGGAUGUGGAGGUCGAGGUUCGGGUUGCGUAGUGUUUGAUAUUAGAGGCCAGCAUGGAGGCGCUCUUGUUUUUCAAUCUCCGCUCUACAAUGCGUCAAGAGUCUAAGAGGGAUCUGUACGAUAAUGAAAUUGAAUUCAUGAACUGCACCAGCUAGAUAGCCUUAGUAUUGUGGAAAUUCUCAACUACAGCGAGCAUUCCCACCGAAUGCUUUCCGUUCACCGGAAACCU